CUGGGCAGCUGGCCCGGUCUCGGCGCAGGGAGAGGGAGGGAGCGCUGGCCACGGGGGAGGCAUGGACAGCAGCAGCCCGAGUCCCAGCCCCGGCCCUGCGCUGGGCCUGGACGCCCGGCUGGGUGUGGACACGCGCCUCUGGGCCAAGGUGCUGUUCGCCGCUCUCUGCUCGCUCAUCUUGGCGCUGGGCGCGGCGGGCAGUGCGCUGUCCGUGCGCGUGGUGCUGAAGGGGCGCCCCGGGCCCCCGGGGCGCCUGCUCCACGUAUUCAGCCUGGCGCUCUCGGCGCUGCCGCUGUGGCCGGUCGGUGUGCCCGCGGAGCUCUUCAACUUCGUGUGGUUCCACUACCCCUGGGUGUUCGGCGACCCGGGCUGCCGCGCUUACUACUUCGUGCGCGAGCCGUGCGCCUACGCCACGGUGCCCAGCGUAGGUGGCCCGAGCGCCGAGCGCUGCCUGGCCGUGCGCCAGCCCCCGCGCGCCCGCCGGCUGCUGUCGCCGCGCCGCACCCGCCGCCUGCUGUCGCUCCUCUGGGGCCUCGCCCUGCCCAUGGCAGUCAUCACGGGGCAGAAGCACGAGCUGGAGAAGGCUGGCGGGGAGCCGGAGCCCGCUUCGCGCGUGUGCACGGUGCUGGUGAGCCGCGCCACGCUCCGGGUCUGCAUUCAGGUGAACGUGCUGGUGUCUUUCGUGCUCCCCUUGGCGUUAACUGCCUUCCUGAUCGGGGUCACCGUGAGCCGCUUGGUGGCCCUCAGCUCCCAGGUGCCGUCCCUUUCUGCCCCCGGCAGCCCCGUCCCCAACCACGUGGAGCUAAUGAGCGAGGAGAGGAGGAAGCUCCCCCUGGAGGGCCACACCAGCCCGGUGAGACACAAGGACUCCAGCCGGCUCCGCGGCCUCCAGCAUAGCGUCCAGGGUCUCAGAGCCAUUGUGGCCGUGUAUGUCACCUGCUGGAUGCCGUCCCACACCCGCAGGCUCAUGUACCGCUACGUCUCCAACGAUGGGUGGACUGGCACACUCUACGCCUACCUGGUGAUAGACACUCUCUUCGUCAGUUCAGCGGUGACCCCUGUCCUGAACAACGCUGUGUCGUCCUCCUUCAGAAAACUCUUCCUGGAAGCCCUGGGCUCCCUGUGUCGAGAAGGCCACCCCCGUGGAACCCUGCCCCCCCCGGGGAGCCCCGGAGCCCCACGGCUGCAGGUUCUAGGGAUCCCUCAGACGCCCCGCGCUGGAUGCAAGAGAAGAAUGAGCAAAGCGGACCGUGACUGA